CACGUAGAAGAAGUAGCGUGCUGCUUCCGGGUUCAGAUUCAGUGGUCUGUUUACAUUGAGGCAUGGGGAAAGUGCAGCAGUUCAGAUGUAUUGAAUGUAACAAAAAAGCCACGGAGCUGCACAGAGACUACCGCAACGGCAUACUGAAGAUAACCAUAUGUAGCUCAUGCCAGAAACCAGUGGACAAGUACAUCGAAUAUGACCCUGUGAUCAUCCUCAUUGAUGCAAUUUUGUGCAAAACACAGGCUUUUAGACACAUUUUGUUCAACACAAGCCUAAAUAUCCAAUGGAAGCUGUGUGUUUUCUGCCUACUGUGUGAGGCGUACCUCCGCUGGUCCUCACUCAACUCCUCAGAGCAGAGCAGUGAUCCAGCAGACCUUAUCAGAUAUACAAGGGAGUGGGAGUUCUAUGGCAUGUUUGCUCUGGCCUCACUUGAGUUGUCAGCAUUCUGUGGAGGGGUGCUGUUGUUCGUGUGGCUGGUUUUGGCUCGUCUGCAGAAGAGGUCUUUGGAGCACGGUCUCCUCCUGAAGGGGCUGCUGCUGUCCUCCUACGGGAAGGUCCUGCUCAUCCCCACAGUCAUCUGGGAACACGACUACUCCCCACUUUGCCUUGCUCUCAUCAAACUGUUUGUGCUCACAUCCAACUCCCAGGCCAUCCGAGUGAUCCUGAAUAGCAGCAGACGCUUCUCCCUGUUGACCAUCGGCGUUGGUCUACUUGCAGAAUCCUAUGUGUCGCAGGUAUGCAGCAGUCUGCCCUGGGGUUUCAAAGAGAUGCUCAACUUUGAAUGACUCCAUCACUGUCUUUUUAAUAUACAAAGGACUAUGGAAAGAGAGUUAAAUUUGACAUUCCCUUCAAUGUGGGGAUAUACCACAUCUUGUGUGCCUGGAUUAAAGCUGUGAAAAGACUUUUUUUCUUGAAAUUUGUUAUGUAGAAAGCGUAUUGCUCUAUUGCUUUACUAAACGACGUCUCUGUUAUAUUGUCAGACAUAAUUAGCUGACACUGUAUUGACACUUCACUUGUGGUUUUCUGGAAUCUGAAACUAUUUACUACUGGAAUACUUGAGUCAACCACUAAAAGCACAGACAACCCUUGAA